AUGCAGAGCCUCGGCAAGGAAAACCAGAGCUCUGUGUCCGAGUUCAUCCUCCUCGGCUUCUCCAGUGAGACGCAGGUCAGAAUGGCCCUGUUUGCCCUCUUCCUACUCCUCUACCUCACCACCCUUGUGGGCAAUGGACUCAUCGUCAUGCUGAUCUUCCUGGACUCACACCUCCACACGCCCAUGUACCUUUUUCUCAGCGUCCUCUCUCUGGUGGACAUGAGCUAUGUCACUACCACUGUGCCCCAGAUGUUGGUUAAUAUGGUGUGUCCACAGAGGACCAUCUCUUGGGGAGCUUGUGCAGCCCAGAUGUUCAUCUUCUUGGUCCUGGGCAUUGCUGAGUGUGUCCUCUAUGCCAUUAUGGCCUAUGACAGGUACGUUGCCAUUUGCUUCCCCCUUCACUAUACGCUACUCAUGAGCCAUUCCAUUUGUGUCAAGACGGUCAUUGUCUGUUGGUCCAUUAGCAUAGCUGGGGCCCUGAUCUACACUGUCUUCACCUUGCAUCUGCCUUAUUGUGGCCCCUACAAGAUAAACCACUUCUUCUGUGAGGUCCCUGCUGUCCUGAAGUUGGCCUGUGCAGACACAUCUUUUAAUGACAGGCUGGACUUCAUUUUGGGUUUCCUCCUGCUUUUGGUCCCACUCUCCUUCAUCCUGGCCUCUUACGUACUCAUCUUUGCCUCUAUCUUCAGAAUCCGCUCAGUGCAGGGGAGGCUCAAGUCCUUCUCCACGUGUGCUUCCCACGUCACUGUGGUCACCAUGUUCUACGGACCGGCCAUCAUCAUGUACAUGAGGCCCGGUUCUUGGUAUGACCCAGAGUGGGACAAGAAGCUAGCGCUGUUCUACAAUGUCAUCUCUGCCUUCUUCAAUCCCAUCAUCUACAGCCUCAGGAACAAGGAUGUAAAGGAGGCCUUUCUGAAAAUAUUUAGAGUCAGAAGGACAGCUUAA